AUGAAAUUUCAAAGUUGUGGAGAAAACGCAAGCUACUCGCGAUUCUCGGGACGCGGGCUCCUCUACGAAGCAGGACUGCACCGCGUCUCCUUGUCUGCGAGCGACUGGCUCGCGGAGCCUGGGGAACCAGAGCCAGCCAGGAACCAGACGCGGACUGGCAGCCAUCGCGGCCAGGGCUCAGAGUCCUGCGGCCCCGUAACUGUGGCGCCGCCACCCGAGGAGUCCCGGAGCUCCAAACCCACCCCCCGCCCAACCUCAGGACAGGCCACCGCAGAGGACCGCGAAGACUGCGCCGCAGCCCCAGGCUGGCGCCGGGCCAGGGAGCUGCCAAUCAGGGAGCAGCAGGGCUACUACCAAGCCCGAUGGCGCCUAAUUCAAGCCCGGCGACUGCGCAGCUCCUUUGCGCAGAUCAUCGCUGCUGAAUGGGAAUCUGGGGACUGUUUCCAGGAUCCCCGCGGGCCGACCCCGGCAGCCCGGGAGCGGAGGUGCGGCGGAGAGCCCGUGGAUCAAAGGAAUCCGCAGAGAAAGGGGAAAGCGGGCAGACGGACGAGCCGGCCUUGCCCCCCGCGGGCCGCGCUGGCCCGGGGUGGGGGCCGCGGGCGGGGACUCCGGGAUUUCCCGCCCGCCGGGCACCAGACCUCUGCGGGCUCCCACUUCGGGCACUUGGCCUGGAGGAACUCCAGCCUCCAGAGAGUACUGGAUGCCAUAUGGGAUACCAAGGCCCAAGGGCCCAGACAGCCGCUGUGUGUGCCCCCUGGGUCUCCUCCUGCACCUGGUGUCUGCCCACUGAGCACCGUGCCCAGGCCACUUCCCGGAUGCCUUGGCAGGGAGGGAGCCACACCCUCUGCCCCUUCCCCAGCUACACACAGACUCGGGGUACAGCAAGAAGCAACCCCCGCCUGCCGGAGCAGAAAGAAGCACACUGCAGGAUACAGAGGGGAGAAGCCUCCGGGGAGAGUCCAGCCGCACACAGGAGGGAUUGGCUUUGCACCUCAGAACAGGGCCCUUGAGGAUGGGGUGGAGCUCAGGGUAGGGUGCUGGCCUAGCCUGGGCUCCAUCCGGUGCCGGGCUGCAUCCCGAGCAGGCACCGGAGAGCAGAGAGCAAAGCGUGUGAGGCACUGCCGCGUGGAACUUCCUGAAGACCCUGGAAACGGCCCGGCCAUGGCCACCACAGCAUCUGCAGUCACCCUGGCUUCAGACCCAGCUGGAGCUUGUCUUCAGUGUGUGUGCACACACACGUACACACGCACACCUGCACGCACACCAUCAGAGCCAGAGCUCCCCACCUCCCCCUGCCCGCAGACGCAGUGGAGCCCUGGAGAACUGGUACCAAGGCGCCUUGCCCUUCAUGCCACUCUGCAGGGCCACCUCUGAACCCCUCUUCAGGUCACUGCCAGCCAGUGGCCUUGGCCUGUCUGACCCUGGAGCUCCUGAGGGGGAUUCUCUGCUGCCGCCCUCCCCCGUCCACCCUGGGCCUUGCCCCUCCCCUCUUAUUCUGGGAGCCUCCUCCUGCUGAGUUAAUUGGCAAACUUUCCCAGAAGUAAACUUGAGGAUGGAAAUUAAUAAUUUUCCUGGUGUUGCACUCCUUCUAAUCAGGCCAGCUGGGAGGAGGAGGCUGGGUGCACAAAGGACCCCAGAAAAGCCAUCAGCACCAACGAGAUCUGCCAGGGGCCAGCCCCCCCCCCCCGCCCACGCCACUUAGCAGCUCUGCAGCCCCAGUGCCGGAGACAGGGACAUCAGGGUGGUUCACCAGGGAAGGGUUUGAGCCAUCCUCACACCCCUCGUCCCCAGGCCAGGCAACCAGUUCUGGUGGCCACAUGGCGUGGGCCCCCCAGGUCCUCUGAGGUGCUUCCAGCCAGAACCUGUCACUCACUGGGAGGGGGAGGAGCCUGGGAGGAGAGGCUGGAGGAGGGCCACUGCCUGCUCCCUCUCGGAGCCCCUCCUUUCAGAGACAAGUGGCCUCGUCCUGCUGGUCCUCCCGGCUCUGGCUCAGAGGUGCAUGGUGUUGGUGGCCUCACUCCAACUCUGUCUUACAAGGAGGUGCCGCCCCAGGUCCCCGCCUUCUGAAGCUCUGGCCUUGUCACAGGCCUUUCUCUGUGCAUGGCAGGAAAUGGGUGGGGGUGGAGGCCAAGGGUAUGGCCUCUGUGGCCCUGGGAGUGACAGCUGGGUCCCUGACAGGCCCGUGCCACGCUCGGCUGCCUUAUCAGCUCCUGGCCUUCGGAGCCUUUGAGAUGGGUCCUCGGAGGCCCUGAGGAAAGCCCAGAAGCCGCGGCCUCCCGGAGUCCAGCAUGGGAGAUGGGUGUGACUGCCAAGAACCCCAGGUGGUUCCCAUCAGGUGGGCCCCAUCCAUCCCACCCCCGGGGCUGGGCUUCCGGCUGCCCUGGGGGGGGCUCUGCAGGCGGGGUGAGCCGGUGGAGGUGGCUGAGUCGGUCAUCUUUCCCUGUUCAUGAGGCUCACUGCCCACUUCAGCAAAGCUAACUCCCCGGGAAGCUUCCCAGGGAGCCAGAGAUGAGAGCAAACCCAAAGGGGGACUGGCAGGGGGACCGACGGGCCAAGGAGGCAAGAGGGAUUCCUGCUGCCCUGGGUGACGGCUCAGGCAGCCACCCAGUUCCACACUGGCAAUGUGAUGAUGGCCCUGGAGGAGCUAGGGCACGCUCAGGCAGGGCCAAGAUGGCACAGGGGUGGGGGGGCAUGGCCUCUGUGGGCUCCAGGCCAGCACCACAGCCAGCAGGUGCCACCUCAGAUUCUUGGCCAGGCCCUGUCCACCUGAGCGGUGCUGACCCCUCCCAGGGCCUGGCGGCUGUGGAACUGCUUUGUCCCUCAGCCACAGGGACAUAGGGUAGGGUGGAAGGGAAAACUGUCACUGGCUAGUACCUGAACUCGGUAUGUUUAUAGCAAUAGCACUCUGGGGCCCCGCGGCUAUGAUGCCAUGGAAAUGACAUGACACAGUGUGGAUUUGUGUUUAUACAAAUUUUAUUUGUAUGAUUUCAUGCUAAACCUCAAAUAAAUGUUUCCUUAUGUGAAAAAGAGAAAUAAUGUUACAAAUGAAAAUAUGAAGCCCAGAGAGGGUCAGUAAUUUGCCCAAGGCUACACAGCAGGAUUUGAACCAGAUCUGUCUAUCUGAGACACACCCUUGUCUAAGUUAAUGUUUGGUGGAUUAAUUAUAAGUCAUCAUCCCAUCUGACAGGGCCCUCCUCCUGCC